CGUAAAGCGAGUGUUUACGAGUUUGGCCCGCAGUUUCUGUCCAACAGCCCCCGAGAACGGUUCAUGUUUUGUCAGCUCAGCUCAGUUCAGCAUAAAUAAAUAAUUUCAGUGUAAAGCGUUCAAAACAAACUGAGACAACCAAUUGCCAUAAAUAAAUCGGGAAGCCUCUAAGAGAUUUCAAAGCCCGCCACUUCAAAAGCAGCUGUCUGUCACUUGAACCCAAUCAACGAAUCGAAUCAACGAAAUAAUAAAUCAGCCACGAAUCAACAACGAAAAUAGCAAUUUGAAAUCUUCGAGUGUCUUUUUUCGGUGAACAGAUGUUUUGAAAAAUCACCGAAAAUCGCCAAAUAUCCUGGCAAGGACUGUUAAGCUCCGGCUAAAGUGAAGUUUUUAAUUGUGAAAUAAAAUAAAUAAGAAAGAAUCAAGAAAUCCAACGCAAUCAAGUGCAGCAGAUAGAAUAUUAGUUUGUGCAAGUCGGUUUCAAGAAGAAAAAGUUCAAGGAACAGGGACCCUGCGCCCGCACCCGAAAGAUACGACCCCUAAAUAUGGGCGGGACUGUGGAGCAGCGACCUUGGACCCCGACUGUCCGUAUUGGCAAGAUUGCCGCCGAAACCACUAAUCCGGGACCGGCAAUUGUCACGCUUCCGACUUUGAUUGGUAGCAAAGUGCCCGAUUCGAAGAAGAAAGCGGCCCCUUCGUAUUCCUUUGGUCACAAGUUGGGUAGCAAAUACGACACCUUUGGACCGGGUCCGGCCCAAUACAAUGUCACGGGUCUGCGGGCCAAGGGUCGGGACUAUCCAAGGGCUGCUACCCUGCAAAGUCGACCCAAGGAACUGACCCGCUUCCAAAAUCCAGGACCAGGCGAAUACGAUGUACUGCAUGCGGCCAAGGCGGCGAUGGAUGCCCCUCCAAGAUAUACCUUUGGCCAGAAGCCCAUAGAUCUAAAAACCUUCCAGAUUCCAGGUCCCAAUCAUUAUCAAGUGGUGCCACUUGAUGUCGUCAAGCGGCGAGCCCCUCGAUAUUCCUUUCGCAUUAAAGUUAACGUCUACAUUGUUGACAAUCCAGCUCCGAAUAGCUAUUGCCCUGAAAAGGUCACGCAAUCAAAAAAGAAUGCCCCACGCUACACUUUCGGUAGACGAACUAAAAUCCAACACGACCAGGGCACACCAGCUCCUGGCGCCUACUGUCCUGAGAAGGUGAAGCUCAAUAAGACGCCUCAGUUCAGUUUUGGCAUCAAACACCAUGAGCUGCGGCCAGAUUAUACACCAGCGCCGGGCACUUACAAGCCCGAGCAGGUUAGCCUCGAACACAAUCCCGCCUAUAGUUUUGGCAUCAAAACCAAACACAUUCAGGUCAGCGAUACUCCAGCACCCGGUGCUUACAGCCCAGAAAAAUCAAAACUACACUCCACACCCGCGUACUCGAUCACUGGCAAGGCCUCUCAUGAUGUGGUAGAUUGCACGCCUGCACCCGGCGCAUACGAACCAGAAAAGUGUGUCCUGAGCAAGACGCCCGCCUUUAGCUUCGGCCACCGCGUGGAGCUCGCCAAGGCCAGCGACACCCCCGCCCCGGGCACCUACCAGCCCGAGAAGGUGCGGCUGGACAGCACGCCGGCCUUCACCCUCUCCGGCCGCCACGAAACCAAGGCGGUGAGCGAGACCCCGGCGCCCGGUUCGUAUGCUCCGGAAAAGUACCGCAACGAUCGCACGCCCGCGUUCACCUUCGGCGGUAAGAACGAGCAGCGGCUCGAGAGCUCCACUCCGGCACCUGGCGACUACCAUCCAGAAAAAGUUCGGCACGAUCACAAUCCCGCUUUCUCAUUCGCCGGUCGCCACGAUUUGCACAAGAUAAGCGAGACACCAGCCCCCGGGGACUACCACCCGGAGAAGGUAAGGCAGGACCACAACCCCGCCUUCUCCUUCGCCGGACGUCACGAUCUGCAAAAGCCAGAAAAUACUCCAGCUCCCGGAGCCUACUCCCCGGAGAAAGUACGUCAAGAUCACAAUCCUGCUUUUUCCAUGGCUGGAAAGCACACACAGAAGGUUUCCAGCGAUACUCCUGCUCCCGGGGACUACUGUCCUGAGAAGGUUAGAUUAGAUCACACUCCUGCCUAUACCUUUGGAGGAAAGAGCGAUCCUAAAGUGGAGAACAACACUCCAGCUCCUGGGGAUUACUGUCCUGAGAAGGUCAGACAGGAUCACAACCCCGCUUUUUCGUUUGCCGGACGGCAUGACCUCCACAAGCCUGACAACACUCCUGCUCCAGGAGCCUACUCCCCGGAGAAGGUCCGACAGGAUCACAAUCCCGCUUUUUCGAUGGCUGGAAAGCAUACCCAGAAGGUAUCUUCCGAUACACCUGCUCCUGGGGAUUACCGUCCCGAAAAGGUUAGAUUAGAUCACACUCCUGCCUAUACCUUUGGAGGAAAGAGCGAUCUUAAAGUGGAUAACAAUACCCCUGCUCCGGGUGACUAUCACCCAGAAAAAGUCAGGCAAGAUCACAAUCCCGCUUUCUCGUUCGCUGGACGGCAUGACCUCCACAAGCCUGACAAUACUCCUGCUCCUGGUGCUUACUCUCCGGAGAAAGUUCGCCAAGACCACAACCCCGCUUUUUCCAUGGCUGGAAAGCACACCCAGAAGGUAUCUUCCGAUACACCUGCUCCUGGGGAUUAUUGUCCCGAGAAGGUCAGACAAGAUCACAACCCCGCUUUUUCGUUUGCUGGACGACAUGACCUCCACAAACCUGACAAUACUCCAGCUCCAGGAGCCUACUCCCCGGAGAAAGUACGUCAAGAUCACAAUCCCGCAUUUUCGAUGGCUGGAAAGCACACCCAGAAGGUGUCCAGUGAUACUCCUGCUCCCGGGGACUACUGUCCUGAGAAGGUUAGAUUAGAUCACACUCCUGCCUAUACCUUUGGAGGAAAGAGCGAUCCUAAAGUGGAGAACCACACUCCAGCUCCGGGUGACUAUCACCCAGAAAAAGUCAGGCAAGAUCACAAUCCCGCUUUCUCGUUUGCCGGACGCCACGAUCUGCAUAAACCCAAUGACACCCCGGCUCCUGGAGCCUACUCUCCGGAGAAAGUCAGACAAGAUCACAAUCCUGCCUUCUCAAUGUCUGGAAAGUAUAUUCAAAAGGUUACAAGUGAUACACCGGCCCCGGGAGAUUAUUUCCCCGAAAAGGUUAGAUUGGAUCACACUCCUGCCUAUACCUUUGGAGGAAAGAACGAUCAAAGAGUAGAGAACAAUACCCCUGCCCCUGGAGAUUACUGUCCUGAGAAGGUCAGACAGGAUCACAACCCCGCUUUUUCGUUUGCCGGACGACAUGACCUCCACAAGCCUGACAAUAAUCCUGCUCCUGGUGCUUACUCCCCGGAGAAAGUACGCCAAGAUCACAAUCCUGCAUUUUCCAUGGCUGGAAAGCACGCCCAGAAGGUGGCCAGCGAUACUCCUGCUCCCGGGGACUACUGUCCGGAAAAGGUUAGAUUAGAUCACACUCCUGCCUAUACCUUUGGAGGAAAGAACGAUCCAAAAGUAGAAAACAACACCCCUGCUCCUGGGGACUACCACCCCGAAAAGGUCAGACAGGAUCACAACCCCGCUUUCUCAUUCGCUGGCCGGCAUGACCUUCACAAGCCCGACACCAAUCCUGCUCCUGGAGCAUACUCUCCGGAGAAAGUUAGACAAGACCAUAAUCCGGCUUUUUCAAUGGCCGGAAAGCAUAUUCAAAAGGUUACAAGUGACACUCCGGCUCCUGGUGAUUACAGUCCCGAAAAGGUUAGGCUAGAUCAUACUCCCGCUUAUACUUUUGGGGGAAAGAACGACCCCAAAAUCGAGAACCACACCCCUGCUCCUGGUGACUAUCAUCCGGAAAAAGUGAGACAGGAUCACAACCCCGCUUUCUCAUUCGCUGGACGGCACGAUCUGCAUAAACCCAAUGACACCCCGGCUCCUGGGGCAUACGCUCCGGAGAAGGUUCGCCAAGAUCACAACCCAGCUUUCAGCUUUGGCGGCAAGUACGACCCCAAGGCGGAAGUGAUUCAUCCUGCGCCAUGCGACUACGCCCCCGAGAGAGUUCGCCUCGACCAUACACCCGCCUACACCAUUGCAGGUCGUCCGACCGCCGAGCCGGUGAUGCAGACCCCGGCUCCGUGCGACUACCACCCGGAACAGUGUCAUGUGGACAGCACACCGGCGUUUACCUUUGGCAUGCGACUGGGAAGAGAACUCAUCUCUGAUACUCCAGCACCCUCCGCAUACGAGCCUGAAAAGCACUCCCUGCACUCCACACCUGCCUUUACUUUCGGCACCAAGUCGGAGAUCCGUGUGACCACCGAUGCUCCAGCCCCCGGCCAUUAUCAUCCCGAGCAGUGCAAGCUGGACAGCUCCCCGGCAUACAGUUUUGGUUUAAAAACGGCUCCAUUGCCAAAUCUGCCAGAGCCAAAGGGCGCUUACAUCGAAGAUCGAAUUGUCCAAAGACGUGAGCGUCGUCUGGCCAGUCCCGUACGCAACAACGGUGACUGCACCAGCACCACCACAACCACAAACAAUAGCCAAAACAAUGCAAAUGGUAGUAGCACCACCACCACAACAACAACCACCACAACAACCACAAAGACCUUUAUCAACGGCGUGGAGCAACCGGAUCUGGUGCAAAAGCAAACAAAGCAAAGCACCAAAAAGCAGGUGAAUGGCAUCGCCCACCAUGAACUCAAGUCAGUACCACUCACCAAUGGCAGCCACUCGAAGGUGGUCAGCACCACCACUACUGAGAAGCAGGCGGUGCACGGCGAAAAGAUGAGCGACAAUCUGAAAGUAGUGGCCAGUGGUAAGUCGGACGCGAGUGCCACUAAGACGGCUGCCGUGAGCCACCAGACGGUGGUGCGCUCCGAUGGCGCCAUUGUGUCCAGUGGCCAGUCCUCGAGGAUGCAGACGGUGAAGUACGCUGUGGGGGCGAGCAGCGUGCAGGAGAAGAUCAUCAGCUCCUAAUGUCUACAAAAUACCAACCGUCAUGGGCAGCAGCAAGGAAGGAAAAAUCAAAUCGGCUCCGGCCUAUACGAUGACCGGACGCGAAAAGCCGCCACUGAUUCCGGUGUUCAUCUUCCCCGGACCCGGG